AUGCAUUUAGUACCAUUUGAGCCGAUUCAUCACACUGUAACAUCAUCUACUUUGCUUGACUUAUGUAUGGUUGACGAUAGUGACAAACUGAUUUCUUUUAACCAGCGGGGUAUGGACUUUCUCUCCGCUCACGACUUAAUUGAGAUUAAGUACAACAUAACAGUUACGCGUUGCACUGCUAAGACUAUAACCAUCAGAGAUUAUAGUACAUUUAAUGCUAAUAAUUUUUACGAAGACCUGGCCAGUCUUGACUGGAAUGCAGUGUUGCAAGCAGAUGAUAUAGACAAAAAGGUGUCACUAUUAAAUAGUAAUUUACUACUUUGUUAUGACAAACACGAACCUCUUAAAACCAUUCAUCCAAAGCGAGUUCCUGCACCGUGGAUCACACUGAACAUCAAAGCUCAAAUGGUUGAAAGGGACACUUUGCGCAGAAGAUGGAGACGUCAUCGAACGGAAACCAAUUACAACUCCUAUAAACUGAUCCGGAACGUUGUUAGGGAGAGGGUGCGUGCGGCUAAGGAAAGAUACCAUCUUAAAACUUUUUAUGAUCUUAAAAAACCUUCUGAAACUUGGAGAAAACUACGCCAGCUAGGCCUCAUCAAAUCGCGUUCAAACGAUAGGAUCCUACCAUUCUCGGUCAAUGAGUUGAAUGAUUUCUUCAUAUCGCAUAUUCAAACAGAUGUUGCGGAAGUCGUGGAACAGGUUUAUCUCGGAGAACCGUCCUACGAAGAAUUUCAAUUUUACUGGUCCAAUAUCGAGAGUUCUAAUGUUAGAAAUGCCUUUUCUCGCAUAACAUCCAAAGCAGUUGGAGACGAUGGAAUAUCGCUAGAUCUCAUAGGACUAGUUUUGCAGCGCACUCUGCUUAUUAUCACACAUAUUUUCGACUAUAGCUUAACCAGUGGCGUAUUUUCGGCAGCAUGGAAGUCUGCAAUUGUCUGCCCCAUCCCUAAGACUAGAUGGCCUUCUGAACUUAAACACUUUAGACCAAUCUCUAUCAUUAAUAUACUUUCUAAGAUGCUUGAGCACGUAGUUGCAGAGCAAAUGAUGGAGUAUUUGGAGUCACGAAAAUUGCUGGACUCUUUUCAGAAUGCGUAUCGGAAGAAUCAUUCAACUCAAACUGCUUUGAUUCGUGUUCUGGACGAUGUUCGACAGGCUGCUGACAUGCGUAAGGUGACCAUCUCAGUGUUCUUUGACUUCACUAAAGCGUUCGAUAAUGUCAUAUACAAUCGACUAAUUGAAAAACUGAGAUUAAUAAAUUUUUCGAGCUCGUUAAAUUUGCUUCUAUCUUUACGGAAGAAGUCAGGCUGUACGUGA